AUGGUCGGAUACGCUGCAGUGUUCGGACUUUUGACAGCCCUCUGCGUUUAUGCGCAAGACAGCCGCGUCACCAUCUUGCUGUCACCGGAGUCGGCGUUGAUCGGCCUGAAUACGACAACAGUGAGGGGAAUCCCCUACUACAGCUUCCGUGGGAUUCCUUACGCAGUUCCCCCCGUGGGGCAGCUACGAUACAAGGACCCGGUGCCAUACACGUGGAACGGCAGCGUGGAGGCGGUUGCGGACGCGCCGAUGUGUUCGCAGGCGAGCGGCGGUCAAGAGGACUGCCUCUACCUCAACGUCUACUCGCGGCAGAUCCCUCAGCUUGAUGGAUCCACUGGAGGUGCUGCCGUGAUGGUGUACAUCCAUGGAGGCUCGCUGACAAGUGGCUCUGGUGCGUCCAGCUCGUUUGGUCCGGACUUCUUCCUGGAGGUUGAUGACAUCGUAUUCGUCACCAUGAACUACAGGCUCGGUGCCCUUGGAUUCCUGAGCACGGAAGACGACGUCAUCAGGGGCAACUACGGCUUCAAGGACCAGAACCUGGCCCUGCGCUGGGUGCGGAGCAACAUCGCCGCCUUCGGGGGAGACGCCGGCAGGGUGACGCUGUUCGGGGAGAGCGCGGGCAGCGUCUCCACCUCCUACCACCUGCUCCACAACAAAGGCUGUCUGUUCCAGCAGGCCAUCAUGCAGUCGGGCAGCGCGCUCAGCCCCCGCGGCAUGGCGUUCACGGCCCGAGACCGCGCCUUCCGGCUGGCGCGCUCCCUCGGCUACCAGGGCGGCGACGACUCGGCGGAGCUGCUGGACUUCCUGGCCGCCGCCGACGCGGCAGACCUCGUCAGCGACGACUCCCGCGCCCUCUCCGACCAGGACAAGCUCCGCUUCGACACGUUCGUGUUCCUGCCUGUGGUGGAGCAGCCGUACGAGGGCGCCUUCCUCAACGAGACGCCGUACACCAUCCUGGCAGAGGCGCGGGCCAACCGAGUGCCGCUCAUCGCUGGCGACACGUCCGCCGAGUGUCUGGCCACUGUGCUAGGUCAGUCACCCAGUGACGUCACUCUCGCCUUCACAGUGAGAGUCGCGAUGCGAGCUAUUGGCUUCGGAUAUAGUGUAAGGCUGCUCCAUUCUACAACUUCUGCUGACAGACCUCCUUGUGUUAGACUGUGUAAGAACAUUUUCGGAAGCAACGAGUCGAUGGCAGCUUUCGACGCCGGCUUCGUCGACUCCAUCAGCCUCGACAUCCGUGUGGGCGAUGAACAGUACCGCCGGCAGGCCGCCCAGAAGAUACGCAGCUUCUACUUCGGCGACGAACCCAUCGAUAGCGAGGAUUUCUACCCCCUCGUGGCGCUAAUCAGCGACCUCUACUACAUUGAGCCUGUGGACAUGGUGGUUCGAACUUGGGUGAACCAGUCGUCAGAAAUACCUGUUUAUGAGUACCAGUUUGAUUAUAAAGAUGAGAACAGUGUUCUCGGCUGGUUCGAAGCGCCAGAGCAGCAGGGUUAUUGUCUGUUUGGUUUUCCAGAAAAUUCUUCCAGCAGUGGUUGCAGGACAGUUAGAGAUAUUGUGGGCACAGCUCAUUACAAUUAA